GACGCCGAAAAGGGAGAUAACCAAACACGAUCAGGGUGAUUCUCUCUUUUACUCUGCAUGAUUCCAGCCUGUGAAGUGCACAUAGCCAACAUUUUCUCCUUCAGCAUCAGUCUCAGACCAUGGACACAGCUACAGUGGUGACUCUUCUGGCUCUGAUCCUGGCUAUGGCUGGCGUCAGUCAGGCUCUUCACAUCCAAGGCAACGAGGGUAAAAAUGACAUGCUGCCCGGCACCUUAGAGGAGAACAUGGCCGACCGCCUGCCGGGGCUGGAGAUAGAAAGCAGAGAAAACAGCCUUGAUGAUCGCCUGCUGGAUUCAGUGCUAAGAGCUCUGCUGCUGGGAGUCCAGAGAGAAACCAGGGAAUCUGUCCUCCAUCAGCCACAGAGGUUUGGCCGCAACUCCAAAGGGCAGGUAGUGUUGGAGGAUCAGAUCCAACCCCGGGAUUGGGAAGGUGCCCCUGGCCAGAUCUGGAGUAUGGCCGUGCCCCAGAGGUUUGGCAAGAAGUAGUCUGGCAGCUGGACCUGCACAUCGCUGUUCUGGUGCAAGGCUGAGCAGAUGGGCAGAUGUCUGCAGACUAAAUUAAAAUGAAUAAAAUCUGAAAAGUAUUAGCAUAAUUCUUUUCUUUCUGAUAAAUACUUUGGUCAGCCGCAAGGCCUCUUUUUGUACUUUAAAUUUAAUUAAAGAUAAAACAAGCUUA